AUGAUGGUGAAUGAAGGGAAAUUGAGUAUCAAUGGUCCUCUCAUGUCGGUGAGGCGUUUUAUAUGUACACCAACAUCCUCAACUGAAGUGAAGACAAAGAUACUAGAAAAUUCAGCACAAGUCCUUCCAUGCAACAAGUCUGAAAUAAUUCAAAAUCUGGUAACGAAACCUGUUGCUGUGCCUAAAACAACAUCUUUGAGGGACAUUUUGGAUAAAGUAGAUCCUGACAAAGGAAUAAAAGAUGAGAUGGUAAAAACUUUGGAAGAGGAUGAUGAUGAUGAUGAUGAUGUUGAUGCUUUUUCGGAUGCUUUAGAAACACUCUCUUCAACAGAAUCAAUAUGUGUAAGUGGUUUGGAUAAUUUGGAUGCAAACAAGUGUAGAACAUUUUCUAGUGAUGAUAAACAAGCUCAAGACUUCAUGAUGAACCGUUUUUUACCGGCAGCAAAGGCUAUGACUUUACAACCACAUCAACAUGCUCCAAGAAAACAAUCUGUUCUGUUAGAACAACCUAGCACCAAAUUGGUUUGUGAAGAAAAGAAAUUCUUUGUGAAUAACAUAUCAAUCACUGACAUUGUACCUUACACUGGUCAAUAUGAGGAGGAGGAAUCAGAAUCAGAAGAAGAAAGUGACCAUGAAACUGAUGAUUAUGCAAAUAUAUCAGCUAAGGGUUGUGGAUUAUUUCCUAGUUCAUGCAUUAAGAAUUCAUUGUGCUUAUUAAAUCCAAUAACUGAUACAAAACCGGUUAGCGAGAUUCCCAUGUGGUCUUCCUAUGAGGUUGAAAAUCCUAACAAAAGUUCUCAUUUUAGCUCUUACAGAUCAGGUCCAACCAUAAAGAAGGCUUGGGAUGCUAUUCAUAAAAGCAAAUCAAGCUCUGGAGCUAGUGAAUCAAAGAGGUAUAAUACUUACUCAGGUGAACCGAAUCAGAUAAGUAGGCUCGCUUCAUUUCGUCGAUCAGGAGCUGCUGUCACUACUGGUAUAUCUUCUUCUCAAAGUAAUUCGCAAUCUCUGGCUGAUACUAAUCAAUCUAAAAAGUGGAAAUUCUCAAGCCAAGGACAUAAAAAUUUUCUAGAAGUGCAAUCACAAGGAUCCAAAACAAGUUCAAAUUCAAGGAACCUUUCAAUGGAAAAAUCAUUGUACAUAGAUACUUCUAUCAGUAAAGUAAAAACACCACGCUCAAAUUCAUUUAUUAAGGCUGAAAGAUUAGUAGCCAAUCAAGAAAAUAACCAAGAAUCCAUGUCCUUGCAACUUGCGCAAAGUUCGUUUGACACAGAUACAGAGAUCAACAACAAGCAAAUUGUUGUAGUUGAUGGUUCAGAAAAAACUGAUGCUAAAUGUGUUAUGCACCUUCUCUCUCCACCAUUGCCAAAGUCACCUACUGAGUCGUGGCUUUGUCGCGCCUUGCCCUUAGUUUCUUUCAAAAACUCCCUCGCGUAUCGGAGCCGCGGAACACAACAAUCACACGCUGCUAAAAUGAUAGGUUACAGUAGAGCGUCCAGCUAUAGCAAGUGGGAAACAAUAGUGAAAACAUCAAAUUUGCAUCAUGAUCAUGAAUGCUGUUCUCAGGAACUAACCAUAUAUAAGUCUCAGCAUUCAAAAUCUUAG